CAUUCUUAUUUCCCUUGGAGUACCUCAACCGUAGCCGUGGUUUUAGUACACCUACUAGAGACUCUACUAACACAUAGAUUUCAUAGAAUCUAGUGACAGAUCUUAGUUAUGAUGUCAAUUAAAUAGAUCUAGGAAAGAUCUCUAGAACGUGACAUAUUGAACGUAUUUGAAUUAUAUCAGAUUCUAGAAUCUAUAACAAUAAUAAGUAAUAAUCAGUCUCUCAGUAGACUGAGUGAACACUGUGACUGUAGACUGUAGUCUGUAGACUACACACUACACAGUAAGACUAGUAAGAGUCACUCAAGUCACUGUAGUCGGUAACUUAAGACUUUUAGUUAAUUCUUUAAAUAAAUAGUUACGUUACACUGACUACUACACCACUACACUUACCACUACUAAAGGUACUAAAAACUAACUAGAUCUAAUACUAACAGUAAAGUAACAGUAUCAUUAAGUCCUAAGUUAAAGUGAUCAUUUUAACUUACAACUAAAUUUACUCUUACUCAGACUUAGAUCUAGAGUCAUUAUCAUUAACUCAUUAACAAAAAAAUAACAAGACUCAGGUGUCUCAGGCAACAGCUUUCCUUUUAAGUUUAAGUUGAUCAUAGUUAAUGUUGAACUUAGUCUUAGUUUUUCACUUUGGAUCGUUGAUCAACUUGAACUUGGUUUUUUAAUCCGAACUGUCAACUGUCUGAAGUUUGAAAAUGGCAGCAGAGUUGGUUCAAAAUGUUAUUGAAAUUAUGGAUUCUGCUCAUAGCUACCAGUAUGAGCUUGCAGAAGUCAUUGAUGGAAUCAAAGCUUUGCAAAGUCAGAUAAAUUCUAGCAGUGAUGCAUCAAAGAAACAAGUAGAAGACCAUUUUAAUCGUCUGAAAAAUGCCCUCAUUUCCGCUCUGGAUAGCAGACGUGAUCAUCUUUGUAAAGAAAUAGAAACUAUUCGUGCAUCUGCCUUGAGGCCUUUAGAAGAAUGUAAAACACUGGUGGAAGAAAAUUUAAAGUUGGCAACACAUGUAAUGGAGGAAGGUACAGCUAUAUUGAGCCAUGAUCCUGAAAGUAGUGUGGAAAAGAUUAUUAAGUUUAAAGAUAAUCCAAAAACUAAAGCAUUAUCAAGUGUCCCAGCCAUUCCAGGUCCAUCAGAAGUAGCCUGUGUGAAUGUGAACUUAUCACCUGACUUCCAAAAACAAAUGGAAGCUGUUAUAAACCUGGAAGGUAAAAUCCUGGCUCGGGCACCUGUUCAGAUCAUAGAAGCCUUGGAAAAACCUGGAAGCCUAUUAAUACAGUGGGCAGAUGAGUCAGAUGAUGACUCAGAAAUAUGUGAGUUUUGGCUCCAGUAUGCCAUGGGCAACUACAAAAGUAUCAAUGAAAUAAAUGCAGUUUUCCAUACAGCUUACACAGGCACAGCGACAAGUUUUCUAAUUAAGCAUCUUCGCACACAAACUGCUUACACAUUUAGAGUAUGUGGAAGGGUUGAUUCAGAAACACCUUGGUCUGCCUGGAGUAUUCCUCGUGUAGCAUUCACAACCAUAGAUCAUUACCAAUGGGGACCAACAGAUAAUAAUGCCUACAGUCUGAGCAAUGAAAAUAAAACAGCCACAAGAACUUGUGAGGGUGUAACCCAUGUAUUAUAUUCAAAUGUAGCCAGCUUUAUACCUGGAUAUUCUCUCACUAUCAAAGUUUUAGAUGAUGCUGAUAAAUCUCCUGGUGAUGGCUUGUGUAUCUCUGUAAAAAACACAGAGACCGUGGCAUUUGGUCAGGAAGGAGUGGUUUAUGUUAAUUUGUAUGGCUCUGUAUUUGUGGAUGGUCAAGAAAUGGCCACAAAACUUCCAGAAAUCAAAAAAGGUUCUGUGGUUGCCUUUCAAGCUGAGCGACUUCCCAAUGGCAAAGUAAGGGUUAGUGUACAGACAGAAAACAAGGAAGUAGCUUUUGAUUGGAAGGUAGAUUUAUCCAAUAGAUCCUCCGGGCCUUUACAGAUGCUGACAGCACCAGUAAUAGGGGAUUCUUCCAAUAAUAAAGUAGGAUUUUAUUUUGGUAUAAAAUUUAGCCAAGAGGAUUGGAAGAUAGCUGUAGAUUAACAUUUAAUAAAUUUACUAAAUCACACACUAUUUAUUUUAUUAUGAAAUAUAAUGCUCUUAGAAGCAGAAAAAAUCAAUUUCAAAUGUACACAAACCUUGAGAGCCUUAUUAAAGGCAUACGCUGUGUAAUAAAAGUGACUUGUGUAAGUUUCCUGCUUUUUAAUAAUCUAUGGUUUAAAGGGUGUGAAACAAAACAUUCUAAAAUAUUAUGGACAUGAAAUUCAAGUAUUAAUGGAGAUGAAGCUAAUUGAUACUAAAUUUCUACCAUUUGUGACUUAGAAAAAAAAAAGGAAUCUUAGUGCAUUGUAGAAUUUUUAUUGGUCAAAAAUUUUAAUGCAUCUAGAUCUGUUUAUUGUUUUUUUUUCAUUCUAAGUUCAGAGUUAAGUUCUUUUUAAAAUAGAGUAUGGUCAUUUUAUUGCUGAUUGGAAGUCAAUGCUUUCAAAAUAGCUUUCUAAUGAGUGCUGAAUUAUUUUUGUAAUAAAAUUAUUUUUUUUACAGUUAACACAUUAACUCCUAAUACACUAGAAUGCAGUGGUCAUGGCUAGCUCUUAAUGCAGUACAAUGUGAUAGGAAGUUAUCAGUAGUUUUUUUUUUAAACUUCUUUAUAUGAAUAGUUCUCAUUCAGAACGAGAAGAUAUAUACACUUAGUUAAUCUUAUUUUUUGUGAAAACUAGAUGCUUAUAGCUCUUUUUACUCAUAAAAUGUGUUCAAAUAAAUUGCAUGUUUCUUUUUGAUGAAAAGUAGUAAUUUGUUUUUUAUUAAUAAAGUAACAAUAUUCUUUGAAAGUCUUUUUUCAAAUAGUCAACUCUAAAGAAAUCGAAUGUGGGGUUCUGAACUUAUCAACUUUUUUUCAUGUAAACUAGAUGUGUAUGCCGCAGUGUUUAAGGCUUACCUAUUUUUAAAACUUGUUUUUGUUCUAAAAGUAUAUAUCUUUUUUAAAAGUAGACAUUUUGUUUGUCUUUCUUUUUGGUUAGAGUUACCUCUCUUUGGUUGGGGUUGGGGCUGAGUGGUUAAGCACUUGGCUUCAAAACCUGGGGUCCUGGGUUCAAAUCCUGGUGAAGACUGGGAUUUUGAAUUUUGGGAAUUUCAGGGCGCCCCUGAGUCCACCCAACUCUAAUGGGUACCUGACUUUAGUUGGGGAAAGUAAAGGUGGUUGGUGCUGGCCACAUGACAUCCUGUUCGUUAACUGUUGGCCAAAGAAAUAGAUGACCUUAACAUCAUCUGCUUCAUAGAUUGCAAGGUCUGAAGGGGAAACUUUUUACAGUUUUACCUCUCUUUACUUAGGGCACCUUUUAAAAACAAAUUGGAGUGAUUGGGCUCAAAUACCCAAAAUAUUCUUGAGUGCUUUAGUCAUUGUUUCAAAUGACGAUUGGGUGACAUUGAUUUGAUUUUCUUCACUAUCCAGAGAGUUUUAUUUCUACAGUUACUUCUACACUAUUGAUUCAUCAUUCCUUUUUUCAAAGCUUGACAAUAAAAGAAAAAGUUUAUCUAAGAAAUUGUUGUAUUUAAAUUUUGUAUUGUGGCUCUGUUUUAAUGUCAAUAUUUCCAAACUAACCUUCAAUCUCUUGCAAGCACUCUGCUGAAAUAAAUAUGUGUAAUUAAUUCCAUAAUCGUGAAUCAAACUGUUGUUUUGUUUGAAAUGCCAGUAAUUUGUUUUGAAUGAGUUUUAAAUGUUUUUCUUGUUUAGCUUAACUUUUAAUUGUUGUAGGGGAUUCUUUAAAAUAGAUGUCCUUGUCAUGUAUUCUAAUUCCAUGUUGUUUAUAUAAUAUGUUGAUAGACCUGAACAUUCAGCUGUUGUUUUGAGCGCAAUAGUUCCAAUGGAUUCUGUGAAACAGUAUUAUAAACUUUGGAAAUAUUUUACUAUUAAUUGAGGCAUUACAUUUGUUUAUGAUUUGCACAUUUAUUUAUCCCAUUUUUAAUGCAUAUCAAUAUCAAUUUAUAAAAUUGUGAAAUUAUAUUUAGUCUUAUUAUGAAAAACAAAACAUGACUUAACAAAGAAUAGACAUUUCUUAUUUUUGUAUAUGUAAGAUUUUGGUAUAUUGAAGACAUUUCUUUAUGCCAAAAAAAACAAAGCAAGUUCUUACUCACCUAUUUUAUGGUGUAUAUUUAAGUAAUUGGUUAUUAUGAUUUAAAUUAAGAGCGAUGUAACCACACACAUAAAUUAAUUGCAUUUUAAUUCCCACCAUUUUUUGUCUUUUGUUUUGUUGUCAAAAAAAUUUGCAGUGCAAUGUUUUGUAUUUCUUCUUUCCAAAAAUGCUUCCAUUAAAAUACAUAGUUUAAUUGAACUGGAUAAAUGGAAAUGAAAUUGUUCCAUAUUCAAAAAAAAUAUUUUUUUUCAAUAGUAAUAGAUACAUUUACUGAACUAUGGCUGUAAGAAAAAAAGUAUGUAAUGAAAUGUGUGUUCUCUUAAAUAUGCCUGUUAGGAUCAGAUGGAAUAUGACUGCUGUUUGUUGAUUGAGUAUAAAAAAAAAACUUAUGUGGUAAAAACAAAAAAAAAUGUUUUUUCAAAAAUCUUGUAAAGAUUUAACUUUUUUGAAUAUUAUUAAAUUUGACAAUAAAUGAGCUUUGUAUA